UGGUGUGCAACAGAUGUAUGCCUUGUUUCAGACAAGUAAGUGUUUCGGAUCCAUUUUAUUCAGUCGUAACCAGACCUUUGUGUGUACAUGACCAUUGCUGGGCGUGGUAAGAAGUAACUUGUUAAAAAGUUGUACUUAUUAAGAAGAGAAGACGUAAAUUGUAUCAAAGAGGUGGAAAAAUACGCAAUAAUGGAAACUGUGGCUAAAGAUUUACGUGGCCUAAGAGCUUGUUUAGUAUGUUCCUUGAUCAAGACAUUUGAUCAAUUUGAAUUUGAUGGAUGCGAUAAUUGCGAUGAAUUUUUACGAAUGAAGAAUAAUAAGGAUAAUGUUUUUGAUUGUACAAGCUCCAAUUUCGAUGGUAUGAUUGCUGCAAUGAGUCCUGAGGAUAGCUGGGUUUGCAAAUGGCAAAGAAUAAAUCGGUUUUGCAAAGGUGUAUAUGCAAUAUCAGUAUCAGGACGAUUACCAGCAGGUGUUAUAAGAGAGAUGAAAAGCAGAGGAAUAGCGUACAGACCACGUGAUACAAGCCAAAGAUAAUUUCAAAAUCAAUAUCAAAUAUGAUUGUUACCUGGACACAUAUUCAAAUGAGAACAGACUGGAUGCCGCAUCACGGGCAAAUUAUUGUUUACACAAUUAAGCCAUAGAUUAGCACAAGUAACGUGAUAAUUAUUUUCAUUAUAAACUACCCUGCCACUAGUAAUAACUGUUAAACAAAGUGAACAACAAAUGGCUUCACCUUGAUGUAAAGGCCAAGCUGGUAAUUCCGUAACAAUCUGAAAUGUUUUAUGCGAAGAUAUAGAGACAUGUAUUUGUAUAUAAGAUAUGUACAUGUAUUAUAUGUAUUAUAAACUUAAGACUCUAAAUUAAUAAAAAUUAUAUAAGAUAGUAAUA